ACUCAUUCAAAUUUCUCUUGCAGUGCAGCUGCCACACAUGCUUUUUACUGGUCUUGAAGAUUACAAGGCAAGAGGAACUCAAGCAUCUCCCUACUUUGCUGCAACCUUUUACACAGAAUUUGCAGAAAGCAAGGACUUGGUUCUUAUCCGUGGAGACAUUGUUUUCACCAGCAAACUCAGUGAUGACGAAGCAAAAUGGCUCUUAGAGACCACUCAAUCCUUGUAUCUGAAUGAUACAAGGUACAAGCUGGUGGAACGGUUCAACAAAGAACCACGCAAUUUCGAGUUCAAGGAUGUCUUGCAAGCCUUAGACAUGCCAGUUCUGUAAUUUCCAAAAAAUUUAAACUUUAGCAGAGGAUGAUUUGCCGAGUAAACAAGGUAAAUCACAAGCAAUAACAUUACAAGCUGUCAUGGGGAUGUUUUGUUUGGAUUUUAAAGCACCAAUAUGGGGAUUUUUCUUUAUAUCAUGUGUUGUAUUUUGAAUAGAAAGUGAAGUGGAAA